GCCAGGUUAAUUCUGCCCGUAUCUUACACGUCCAAAGGAUCGCUUCCAUGGAUAUGAAAGGAAAAACAGUCUUGAUAACAGGCGGGAGCUCGGGAAUAGGCCGUUCUACAGCAGUGAUGCUUGCCUCAAUGGGGGCAAGGGUCGUAUUCACCGGCCAGACUUCAGCAAAGACGGAACAGGUCGCAAAAGAAGUACGCACUAUCACGGGAAAAGAAGACGUCACGGGAAUGACCUUGAACUUGGGCGAGUUCGAUGACAUAAAGCGAUUUGUGCAGGAUUUCCUUCGGAAAGAGGAACGGUUGGACGUUCUGAUCAAUAAUGCAGCGUAUCUUGGUCCGAACGACCACGUCAGCAAUGGCAUGGAAAAGACAUUUUCCGUCAACCACUUUGGCCACUUCAUGUUGACGUUAUUGCUUCUCAAAAGACUAAACGAGUGUAGCCCCAGUAGGGUAGUCUGUGUCACCUCGGACUCGCAUAGAAAGAGUUGGAUACCCUUGGACGACCUUUCGUGGCUUUUGGAUCCGAUGAAGACGAAAAAUUACGACAUUUAUGAAUCUUACGCGAGGAGUAAGCUCGGGAAUGUUUUAUUUGCUGAGGAGCUGAACAGACGAUUUGCCCAGGUUGGUGUCACCUCAUAUUCGGUCCAUCCAGGGAUAAUUCGAACAUCACUUUUACGUAACUGGCCCGGAUCCAACGGGCGGCUCCUGCGCGGGGUCGCCAAACUCUUCUUCGAUACGCCGGAGAAAGGCGCACAGGCGGUGGUGCACUGCGCAACGCAGCCAGGCCUCGAGAGGCACGCGGGGAAUUACUUCAAGGGUAAAAGGCCAAAGGACACGACGACAAAGUCCGGUGAUGCGGAGAGAUUGUGGGAAUUCAGUACGGGUGUUUGCUUCCCAGCUCAUCAGAUUGAUGAUGCACACGUCAUCACGUCUCCUGCAGAACUAUCGUGA